AACGUCCAGAGUCCUGCCAGCAGGACUUUGCGUCCUACCGGUAGGACGCAAUAGAUUUGGCUAUAUGAGGUUUUCUAAGCCUGCUAGCAGGACGAAACAAGUACCACUAAAUAGUGCGUCCUUUUCUCUCUUUGCGAGUUUUUGAUUCAUGUUUCUACGACUAGUUGGGCCGAAAUGGCUGCGAAUAUAAGACGUGGGGACCGCGUUCGCGCCAAAGCUACCUAUUUCGACGAACAAGAUGGCGGCAAUACAUGGAGUCGUCAACAUUUUGGCGAUAAUUACCAUAUCAGUUAUUGUUGGGGUACAGUAAGAAAAGUGGAAAACAAAUUUGCAAGAGUAUAUUGGGAUAUUGAUAAAAAAGUUUCAACCGUGCCCGUCGAAUAUUUAAUUGCUGACCACGAAAACGAAAAUUUAAUUGAAGCAAAUACUAAUCAAUAUUGUUCACUGUCUGAAUCAGAUUCAUCCACUUCAAGCGAAGAUGAGGAGGAGACGAAUAAUUAUCCGACUACCAGUAGGAGCAACGUAAUAAAUUCUACCGAAAAUAUAGUCGUUGUAAAGGGUGUUACCUGGACUUUUAUGGAGGCAAUACGACUUGACCAACGACAACAGGGUAAUUACAAAGCUACCCUACAAGAACCAUUGAGGGGCACACAAAGCGUAAAGGACGCUUUUUUUAUGGUUUUUCCCCGGGAGAAAGUUCAUUAUAUAAUACAAUGCACUAACUCUAUGUUUCCAGCAAAACAAAAAGUUUUGACUGAGAAAGAGUUACUACUGUUACUGCUUUGCGAUUAA